UGGGCAUUUGCGAGAUGUGUUUGUGAUACAACUUCUACAGUGCUAAACCUUGUGUUAAAGAAGGAAACAAGUCAUUCAGAUGGAUGCUGUAAACCAAGUCAUGCCAGUGUCUCAAAGAAGAAAAAUUGAAAGCAUUGAUUCUUUCUGUAAGUCCUGCGGGUAUGAUGUCAGUGUCAUCACCCAGUUUAUCACAGAGAACCAUAAUGAACUAACAGAAAAUGAAGCUUCAAUCAUAGAUGUGCUGUGGGGAUCCAUUGAAGGAUUGCAGAGCGGAAGUGCAAAGUACAGUCAAACUGAAGCUAUCAAAAUAGUAGGAUGUGUUUUGUCAAUACCAAAAUUAGUUUUCACCAUGACAGAGGUCAUGAGAAAGGUCGUAGUAUUAGUGAUUCAUUUCCUCAAGAUAAUAUUUCGCAUCACCAAUCUUAAAGUGAUUUUUGAUCCAAAGUGCUCAGAAAAAAGCAUCAAUAUGCAUGAAUUGUCAGGUCUGGCUGAAAAAAUGGAAAGAAUGGAAGUUUGUAUCGAUGCCGUAGAUGUUUUGGAAGACGUUGACGAACCAACUUUACAUAGUUUAGUCUCCAAUGUCGAUAUACAUAUUGGGGUUGACCAAAUCGGAAUUCUGAAAAGCCGAAUUCAAAGCAUGAUGUCCGAAGGAGACAUGAAAGUGUGUCUUCAUUUGUUGACAUUGUUUGUGAGAAUAUCCACCGUGCGUCAUUCUCUAUUAUUCAGAAUGAUUACUUGUUUGAAGACGAAUAACUAUAGCAAACAUACGAGUGAAACAUUGCAAAAAUACAUUGAAAAAGAAAGAGCUGACGGUGAGCAAUUUCUUAAUUUUUUUUCGUGUCCAUCCCUCAAAAACGUAGGCGUUCUAGCUGUCUUUGAACCAGGUGAACAGAUAGAACUGACAGCAUAUCUCGAAGAUAUGCAUAUUCCAUUAAAAGAUUUACGAAAAGUGCUAGAUGGUCGUAUUUUUCUAAUCCAACCAUUCACGAAUUCUACAAUCUUGCUCGGUAGACAAUUUCCGUCAAUAAGUGCUGCAAGAGCCAUGAAGAGUUCAACAGAUGUUGAUAAUAUCCGCAUUAGAUUUCAAUUCAAAGCUCUAGAUGGUUCGUUUAAUCUAUUCAACAUUUGUUCGCCAGAUCUGGAGGAAUAUUUAUAUAUGCAAAGUGGACUUUAUUGCAUAUAUUCUAAAAAGUUUCAAGCGAGAACUGGUGCACAAUGGCGAAUAGUACAAGUUAGAGAUGACGAUGAAAGAGACGACAUGCCAUCUCUGUUUGUAUUGUGCACCAAAAAAAGACCACAGCAAUUUUUGUACAUGGAAAAAUCAUUUUUUGAGUGUGCAAGAGGUUUAGAAGAAAAGAUACCACCCACAAAAAAAUGUUUAUUUAAACUAAUACCACCAGGAGAGUCCCCAAUACACAUUCCAAUAUCAAAUCGUGGAGUAUUAGAACGUUUUAAAAUGACAGCAGAAGAAAAGUGAUCAAGACGGGGCUAUUUUCCUAUCGAAAAUCUUGAUCGAGAAAAAUAGGAUAUACAAGGAAAAAGAAAUAAUAAUCAUCUACAGGUAUAGCAAGGAAAAGCUACAUGUAUAUGAAGGAAAGUUUUGAAAACUUUAAAAUUAUCCUUUAAGCAUUUGAAAAUAUGUGUUUUUAUUUUGAUUUCUGUUUGAUUCAACUGUUUAUGUUUUGCAGUUAUUUCAAUAUCAUACAAUAUGUUUUAUCAUUAAGAGUUAAAUGUAAUUACCAUCUGUUUUCUCUGUAAAGAUGUCUUUGUUUUGUUCAUGUAUAUACUUGAAUUCUAAGAAAAAUAUAGAUGAAGUGUUUACCUAAAAAAAAAAUUCUGAUGGCUCAACCUUUUGAUCACCAUUUUCAGCAAUCCAAUUGUAUUAUGUGUGUGAGAGUGGGUUUUAAAGAGACAUCUUAAUGUUAUAAAAAAUAAAAUAUCUUAAAAUCUUUCAUUUCUGAGUCCAUUUUAAUGCUAUUCGUUUAGACAAGAAAAAUAAAAGCAAGCAUACCGUUUAAAAUAUGUUAACACAAUUAUUAUUGAAAAUGUUGAAACCGUUUUUGAUUGAAAUA